AUGACUUUCGACAUCAACGACACCAGCCGAAACAAUCAACUUCCCUCAUCAACGCUCGAAGCCAAGUCGUCACCCCUCGCUUCCCCGUCCACAGGGCCAAAACCGCCCAUCUCGUCAAUCAUAUCCACCUACGACUUCGAGGCCGUUGCCUACCAAACGCUGUCCCCCAAAACAUGGGCUUUCAUCUCGUCUGCGGCUGCGGACCUCCACACCAAGGAAAGGAACCGCACGGCUUUCGCCGACAUCGCUCUGCGGCCUCGUGCGCUCCGCGAUGUCUCCCGGGUAGACACGUCCGUCUCGAUGCUGGGCCAGAACCUCCGCCUUCCCCUGUUCUGCAGCCCAGUUGCCAUGGCGCACCUUGUGCACGCACAGGGUGAAAAGGACAUCGGCAGAGCCUGCAAGGCGUCUGGCGUGGCGCAGUGCAUCUCGACCAGCGCCAGCUAUCCCCUCGGCGAAAUCGUCGCGGCUGUCGAGGAGCACCCCUCGCCGCGGGCCUGCGACGUGCCCAUCUUCUUCCAGCUGUACAUGGACAAGAACCGGAAUCGGUCUCGCGAAUUGCUCCAGGCCGCCCAGCGCAGCGGCGUCAAAGCCAUCUUCCUGACCAUUGACGCACCCGUUCCUGGUAAGAGGGAACUCGACGAGCGAACAAGUCCCGACGUGGCGAUAUCUUCUCCUCUUUCUGGCGCCACUGCGGGCAGUGACCACAAAGGGAGUUCGUGGGGCCGAACAAUGGGUGGCUUCAUCGACGCUUCGCUGUCUUGGGGCGAUAUACCUUGGAUAAGAAGUUGCGUGCCGGGACUCCCCAUCGUCCUCAAGGGCAUACAAACCAGCGAAGAUGCCGUCAUGGCUAUGGAAGCGGGUAUGGAUGCGAUUGUCAUUUCAAACCACGGUGGGAGGAGCCUGGACACAGCGCCUGCGAGCAUCCUUGUGCUCUUGGAGCUUGCGAGGAAUGUCCCGCAAGUCUUCAAGGCAAUGGAGGUCUACGUUGACGGCGGCAUAAGACGUGGAACGGAUAUUUUCAAGGCUCUCUGUCUAGGCGCCAGAGCUGUUGGCGUGGGACGUGGUCCGCUCUACGCGGCAAAUUACGGCAAGGAAGGCGUGCUUCGCUAUUUUGAUAUUUUGCGCGACGAGCUAGAGACAACAAUGAAAAUGUGUGGAGUCACGAGCUUGAAUCAGCUUGGCCCGGCCUAUUUGAAUACUUUGGCAGUGGACCAUUUGAUCCCCCGUUUGCGGAUUUGCCACACCACUGACAAGAUCAACAGUCGACUAUGA